UUAACACAUGAACGUUGUGGAUGUAACUACAACCGGUUAGCAAGACCAAAACAAACCGGUGAAAGUGAAAAUACAACCGAAAUCAACAUUAAGUUAUUAACGCUGGAGCGCAUACUUUCGACAUUUAUGACUGGACUCGUACUUUUGCUUUAUUGCCUAAGGAAUAAUUUAUGAAGGUCAUUAAAGUGGAACUGCUACAAAUCUUUAUGAGGAGAGAAUAAUUACGUCGCAGCAAGCUAUUAGUGGAGAGGAAAAAAAAAAAAACAGAAGGACGAGAAGAAAGAAGGAAGAGCGAUAUUAAGUGGUGAGGAUCAUGCCAAGGUCUAACUUUUUGCUCUGUCUGGUCCUCAUUUCUCUGGGACUGUCCGGCAGUGACGAGCCGCACCUCUUCUUCCCUCCGGCAAGCGAGAUGCCCACGGAAGCCGGUCUGUCGCUCAUCGAGAUGGAUGAAACGGGCGCCCACGAGUGCUCGGCGUGCGUGUGGCGAGAGCAGAGCAAGGUCCUCAGGCUGGAGACCAUCAAGUCGCAGAUCCUCAGCAAGCUGCGGCUCAAGCAAGCGCCCAACAUCAGCCGGGAGGUGGUGAACCAGCUGCUCCCCAAAGCGCCCCCGCUGCAGCAGCUCCUGGACCAUCACGACUUCCAGGGAGACGCGUCCUCGCAGGACGAGUUCAUGGAAGAGGAUGAGUACCACGCGACCACCGAGUCGGUCAUCACCAUGGCCUCGGAGCCGGAACCACUGGUCCAGGUUGAUGGGAAGCCCAGCUGCUGCUUCUUCAAGUUCAGCCCAAAGCUCAUGUUCACCAAGGUGCUGAAAGCCCAGUUGUGGGUUUACCUGCGACCACUGCAACAGACAUCCACUGUCUACCUGCAAAUCUUACGCCUCAAACCUGUUACGGAGCAGGGCAGCCGCCACAUCCGCAUCCGCUCCCUCAAGAUUGAGCUGAACUCCAGGGUUGGUCACUGGCAGAGCAUCGACUUCAAACAUGUGCUGCAGAACUGGUUCAAGCAACCGCACACUAACUGGGGCAUCGACAUCAAUGCUUUUGACGAGAGUGGCAAUGAUUUGGCAGUGACCUCUCUCAGGCCUGGAGAAGAAGGGCUGCAGCCGUUCCUGGAGGUGAAGGUUCUUGAGACAACCAAGCGAUCGCGAAGAAAUCUGGGUUUAGACUGUGAUGAGCACUCUACAGAAUCUCGUUGCUGUCGCUACCCGUUGACAGUGGACUUCGAAGCCUUCGGCUGGGAUUGGAUCAUUGCACCUAAGCGGUACAAAGCGAACUACUGCUCGGGCCAGUGUGAGUACAUGUUCAUGCAGAAGUAUCCACAUACCCACCUGGUGCAGCACGCUAAUCCACGUGGUUCUGCUGGCCCAUGCUGUACUCCUACGAAGAUGUCACCCAUCAAUAUGCUCUAUUUUAAUGACAAGCAACAAAUUAUUCAUGGCAAGAUACCAGGAAUGGUGGUGGACCGCUGUGGUUGCUCUUAGACUCAUAACUUAACACCUUAUCCUGACUGAGCUCUUCUAAACAGCCAACAUAUUUCUCGCUCCACCUCAAACAUCUGAUGGAUGUCCAUCUCCCCUGUCCCCUCUGUACUUUGGUAAGAGAUGAAAGUACAAAUA